CUCGUGUUUAUUUCAGGCAGGGAUGGGGGCGUGUCUUUACUGUAUAUGAGUCAGGAAGCUCGUCCUUUACCGAACUUCACACACCAGCUACAAGAUAUCUUAAGAUUUCUACCUGUUUUUUUCACGACACUGACAGCAUCAUGACAGUGUUUGGAAACUGUACUGUGGUGUUUGAUGUGAAGAAUGUGCCCUUUAAAGAAAAGCAGAAGCUGAAAUCAGCUCUUCUGGAGAAUGGAGGAAACAUCUCCUAUAUCAUCACCAAAGAGUGCUCUUUUGUGGUCACCAGCAGUGUAAAUGACCUGAGCAGCAACCGGCAGCGCAGCAUCCAGAAGCUCCAGAUCCCGGUGGUUGGGACGCAGUAUGUGUGGAGCUGUCUGGAUGAAGGACAUCUUCUGCCUUUGAGGGAUCAUAAUUUGGCCACACAGCUGUCAUAUCCUGGCUCUAAAUCCCUCCCUUGUCCCGGGGUUUUAGUGUCAACUCAGACACUAGAAGAACAGAAGUUCAAAGGUCAUUCUGAAGACCAAACUGACGUUAAGAUCCCUAAGAAAGGUGGAAGUUUCAGAGUGUACAAAGAAGGUGACAGUGAUCUGCCUGAAUUUCCCUCAUAUUUUCAUGUGGCCAAGUAUUCAGUUUUUAAGAGGGUCAAACCCAAGACUUUGUCUGUUUUGGAGCUGCAGAGUGUCAAUGGACGAGCAGGCCAGCAGUAUUGUGUGCUGUGUUCAGUGUUGUGUGAAGCUGAGACUGCAGUGGUCCAGGACAAGCUUGUUUUCUGUGAGAUGUCUGAAGAUGCUGUGGAAGCUUAUCUGAUGCUGAUGAAGGACAUGGAGACUCAGGGAUUCACAAAGACACACACACUUCCUGCUGAGGUUGAGCGCUUGGCAUCUUACAGCCUGCAGCAGCUUCUGCUGGAGGAGAGGCUGAACUGCAGCACAUUAUCAAAGGAAGUUGGUGUGUUCGUGGAGCUGAUUUGGACUGAAGCUCUCGGUUCUCUUAAUAACAUCCUGACAGUCCCCGUGUCCAGAAUCAGCCUCAAUGAUGUGAGCAGGGUGGAAGGAUUGUUACUGCAGGCACAAAAGACUCAGAACGAGGAUGAAGCCAAAGCCCUGCUAGAGGAGGUCAACACACUCCUGCCCCUCAGAAUGAUCGACCCUCCGUCCAAACACAAGCUUGUGUCUCAGAAACUAGACCUUUGUCAGCUGAUCAGAGAUAUUGUGAAUGUUAGUGAAGCCACUCUGGGAAGCCCGUCGCCAUCGUCUCUGGGAAAGUAUCGAGCUCUGAGGUGCAGCAUUGACUUUGUUCCUCCAGAAAACCCUGAGUUUCAUGCAGUUUCUAAACUGCUUCAGGACAGGCCUGUUCAGAUUCAGCGGAUUCUGCGUGUCAGCAGAGGGGUGGAGCUUCAGAUGUUUAGGGAGGAGUUAGGCAACAUUAAACCCCUCCUCCACUCCACUAGUCCCAGUAGUUUGGUUGGAAUACUGUCACGAGGUCUGCUGCUGCCCAUGGUUGGAGUGAAACUGCAUGGAAUUGAGCGGACGGAUAUCGGGAAUCUUGGAGGAGGAAUCUACUUCAGUGACUCUCUAAAGACCAGUGUGAAAUACUCCAAGCCCAGUGUAACUGACGGCACUCGGCUGCUGUUGGUGUGUGAAGUGGCGUUGGGUCGGUGCAAAGACCUGCUGAAGAAAGAUGCCAGUUUGACUUGUGCUCCUGACGGCUUCCACAGCGUACAUGGAGUCUGCCGCUCACACAUCAGAUUCUCUGAGUUUGAGGACGAUGAGUUUGUGGUGUUUAACACAGAGCAGAUCAGACUGAAGUAUGUGGUGCAGUUCACUCUGGAGGAGGACGAGUUAAAAGACUUCCAGCCUCAAAUCAGUACCUUUGUGGACCUCUCAGACGCACCGACUGACGUCUUGUCCAGUGAUGACAGUGAGGGUUUUAAGUCCACUAAGAAUCCUCUGGAGAAGAUGAAUGCAGGUUUGCUGGACAGCAGUGGUCAGAAACUUCCUCUACAGGCUGUCAAUGUGAAGUGCAAACUGAUGGAUCUUCUGUGUCAGGUCAUCAUUUUUCAGACCUACACAAACCAGAGUGCUGUUCCCAUUGAAGCAAAGUUUGUCUUUCCACUGGAGGAGACGGCAGCAGUGUGUGGAUUUGAAGCCUUUAUCAAUGGAAAACACGUCAUUGGAAAGGUAAAGGAAAAAGAGCAGGCCCGUAAGGAGUACAAGCAAGCUAUAGAGAAAGGUCAUGGAGCCUACCUGAUGGACCAGGAUGCACCUGAUGUGUUUACUAUCAGCGUGGGGAAUCUUCCUCCUGGAGCCUCAGUUUUGAUCAAGGUGACGUUCAUCACUGAGCUGGUGGUGAGAUCGGGCUCUAUAGUCUUCUCACUGUCUGGCAGCGUGGCACCAUGGCAAGAGAGCGCCGCCCUUAACCAGACAACUCAGACAACUGUUGAAAAGAUUGGCCUGUCGGAGUCAAAGGGGGAGUUUUCUCUGUCUAUGUCCAUUGAAAUGCCUUAUGAGAUCAUCAACUUAAACUGUUCACACCGCAUCAAAACCAAGAUGACAGACUGUAAGGCCGUGAUCAGCUCGUUACCAGGACAGACUCUUGGACCUGACGGGUUACAGGUGUCCUUCAGUCUUUCUAAUAUCCACAUGCCCAGGAUGUGGGUCGAGAACCAUCCAGAUAAAGACAGUCAGGCCUGCAUGCUGGUGUUUUAUCCAGACUUCAAGUCAAGCGGUUUGUCUCUUUCUGGAGGAUCGUCCAGUGUGAGCGAUGUGGUCAUUCUGCUGGACUCCUCCAAGUCUAUGCAGGGAGAAGCCAUGCUGAACGCCCGCAGGAUUGCCCUUCAAGUGCUCAAAUCUCUGGACCGCUCACUGAAGAUCAACAUCAUCUCUUUCAGCACUGAUUACAAGGAAGCUUUUCCUGCACCGGUGCCCUUAAAUGAGGCGUCUGAAGCAGCCAGGAAGUUUAUUAUGUCGUGUAGCGGCGCUGGUGGCAGCACUGAUCUGUGGCGUCCUCUCCGGAGCCUAAGCCUGCUGCCGCCCUGUCGGGGCAUGAGGAACGUCCUGCUGCUGUCUGAUGGACACGUUCAGAACCAGCCUGUGACCUUACAGCUGGUCAGAGAAAACUCCUGCCACACGCGCCUCUUCACCUGUGGACUUAGCUUGACCGCUAAUCGUCAUAUGCUCAGAGCUUUGGCUCAGGCAGGUGGAGGAACAUAUGAGUUUUUUGACACAAAGAUGAAACACACUUGGGCAGAAAAGGUGCGCGCUCAGGUUCAGCGUAUGGAAUCUCCAGGCUGCAAAUCAGUGGCAGUGAAGUGGCAGCAGUUUAAUCCCAGAGCGCCUCCUCCUGUUCAAGCUCCCUCACAGCUUCAUGCCCUCUUCAGUGACUGGCACACUCUCGUAUACGGCUUUGUGCCGCACUGCACUCAGGCCACAUUGUUUGGUGAUUUGAGUGGGCAGGAGAUCGAAACAAUGGUUUCCACCACAGAACUACAGAAGACGAAGGGAACUUUCCUUCACAAGUUAACAGCAAGAGCGAUCAUCAGAGACUAUGAAGAUGGCAUUCUAGGCGACAGUGAGGCAGAACAUGAGGAGAAGAAAGCAGAGCUGAAGUCCUUCAUCAUUGAGCUCAGUAAAGAGUUCUCCAUCUUGUCUCAGUUUACAAGCUUUGUCGCCAUCGAAGAGCGGGAGCCGAAUGAGCUUGAUACUGGAUUCACAGAUAUCCCUAAACUCAUAUCAGAGGAGGGUGUGGACAUUCUGCCGUAUAUGGACUGGAGUGAAGCUGCUGGUGCUGAAGAUGAUGAAUGGAUGAAUUCAGAGGAAGCAAUGGAUUAUGUUUGUGAAAGAUCUGAUUCAGAGGAAACGCGCAGUCGCUGCUCAACGUCUUCUGGUGUUGAUCUUUCUUCUUUCUAUUCUUGUUCGAAUGUUUGUGUUAAAAAAGGGCGUCCCCUUGCUUCUGAUUUUUCUCUUUCUUCACCUACCAUACCGUGGCACGACUUAAUGGAAGAGCUCAGUCUUGAAAUCUCUGAUUUUCGGGAAACGUCACUGGAUCUUUUCUCCAUGGCAAACAGGCCUCCUCCUCCUCCUCCUCCUGCUGCUGCUUUAGGAGCUGCUUCAUGUAUUCAAUCCUUGGUUAAUCUUCAUGCUGUCAAUUUGUCUGGAAGACACUUCAUGAGAAGCAGUUGUCCUCCUCCUCCUGCCAGCCAGAUUGCCUCAGCAGAUCACCAUCCUCAUUUUGCAAGACAAGAUUCACCUGUGAUUAAUUAUUCGGUAAAGAAAAGAAAAAAAUCUAAAGGAUUUCGCCCAUUGAAACAAUUAAAAACACAGCAGAGGAUCUUGGAUCGGCCAGUCAUGACAGAAGAAUUAGGCAGACCUGACACUGCAGUGCCUUGGAAUGAGCUGUUUGAGCUUCAGCACGAGGAUGGAUACUGGGAGUGCACUGGCAGGAUGAGCAGAUUUUUCAGCCUUGACGUCGACUUUUUUGCCAACGUCUUCCUUAAGGAGAAAGGCAUCCAAUCUUUAGGUGUGACGGCUCAUGCUGAUAUUUUGAGGCUGCUGGCGACUCUGCUGGUGCUUCAGCUGAUCCGGGUGAAGAAGCUGGCGGUGGGACGGCUGCUGGAGUCUCUCCUCCGGCUCAAAGAGUCCCAGGAGCCCAGACCGAUGUACUGGGAGGCGGUGAAGAGGGCCGUCGACUGGGCCUGCCAGACAGAUAGACAGUAUCCGUGUGUGUGCAGCAGGCUGGAGAUCGGCAGGGAUUGGGAAUCAUCCACACGUCUGCUACUAGGCUGUGAUUCUCCACACCCGUAUUCCCCUCUCAAACCUGUUCUGGAGAGACGGAUGGGUUUUUCAGUCGUGUAGAAACUGGACACACAGUUUUUUUACAGUUGAAAUUUACUGUUGCUGCUUUAUUUACUGCAAAACAAUUAUCUUUAUCACCUUAAAGUGUUUCAAAGAUAUAUCUGUACACUUUUUGGACAGGAGUGAUAUGACUGAGUUUCAUUGCAUCAGAUAAAGACUGCGUCUUUUUAAAGCUUUGAUUGAUUUAUGCAGAGAUUUGUUUCAUGUAUUAGUGAUUUCUUCUGAAUUUCAAUAUAACGUAUUAGACAAACCAAAGAUUCCAUCACUGAAACUAGGAUCAUGUUUUAUCAUUUAAAAUAUAUCCAAAUGUUGUUUUGUUGACAAGUGUGCUUGUGUGUUUUUCUCCUGUGCUGUUUUAGCUCGGGGGUUCAUUAAAUAUGUUUCUUCAGUAAACAUUAUAUCAAACACCUA